AUGUCGGAUCACAGAACUACGACCAAUGCUACGGCGUCCGCGGGAACCGACGCGCUCCGCAACCCUGGUCCAGUGGUGCGGGCAAAUAGUAUGCGAGCUGGACUACUCAAUCGUGGACGGACUCUCGGUAUUGGAUGCUGGAAUGUGCGAAUGUUCCUGGACCCUGGUACCCAAAGUCUGACCGCACGCGGCCUUUAUCAGUACAACGUGGAUGUCUGCUGUCUCUCUAAAGUUCGACUCCCAGACUCAGGCUCCCGUGAAAUAAAGAUCCCGGGAGUCGAAUCACACUUCACCCUGUACCACAGCGGCCCGCGCGAUUCUUCUGGUCGACACGGUAUGGCAAUCGCCCUAUCAAAACAAGCGGACCUCGCGCUACUUGCUUGGGAACCAGUCAAUGACCGGAUGGCCUACGUGCGACUGAAGGGCCACUUCACCAACAUCUCCAUCGUCUCUGUGUACGCACCAACUUCGGCUGCCGAACAGCGCGAUAAAGAGGCGUUUUACUCUCAGUUGCAAGCGCUAGUUCAAAGAUUGCCUCACCACGAUAUGGUGAUUGUUGCUGGCGAUUGGAAUGGUCGAACUGGACCUGGCGACCCCACAACCAGUCAUCUUCUUGGCCGCUUUGGGUUUGGCUCCCGGUGUGAAAAUGGUGAGAGAUUGCUGAACUUCACUGAUCAACACCAACUGCUUGUCACCAACACAUGUUUCCAGCAUCAGAAAAAACAUCUACUGACCUGGUAUUCAAAAGACGGUCAUACGGCCAGUCAGAUUGACUACAUACGAGUCAGUUCAAGGUUCCGCAACUGGGUUCACGAUAGCAGAUCGAUGCGUUGUGCCGAGACUGGUAACGCCCAUGGGUAGGACCAUGUUUUCGUCCGUACAGGCCUGAAAGUUCACCUCUCAUCCGCACCAAAAAUGCCACGUCCUAGACGCCUCGAUGUCGCAAAAAUCCGGCAGGCCAGCACUGCCGAGGCCCUAAGCAGAGGAAUCCGGACCUGUUUUACGACCCGAGCCGACGGAGAAGUCAGUAACCAGUGGUCGUCACUGAAGACUUCAGUCUAUGGGGCAGCUGAGAAAAUCCUUGGAUACACCCAGCGACGCCGCAGUGACUGGAUCAGUGGAAGAACACUGCAGUUGUCUGCUCAGACGGCUAGAGCCAGGUCCCGCAACGAUGACUACGUCCGCCAACUUCGGAAGAUGACGGCAAAAUCGGCCAAGGAUUACCGGAAGCAAUAUUGAGCUGAAAUCGCGACCUCCAUGGAAUAGGCCUCGAACGUUGGUGACACUCGAAAGCUCUACCGUCUGAUCCGCCAAGUUAGCGGUAAGCCCUCUACACUGAGUGACUCUGUUCGCGAUGUGAACGGCGGCUUUGUUGCUGACAACUCGGCCAAAGUCGAGCGCUGGCGUGAGCACUUUGAGCACCAUCUUAACUUCGAUACCCAACCUACCUCGCCCUUGCUCUCCUCCUCAGCGGAGUUUCUUCCCUCUCCUACCUAUGCAGUGCCAUGCGAUCCCCCCUCCGAGGAAGAAGUCGCCGAUGCCAUACGAAAGUUGCGCAACAAUAAGGCACCCUGA